GGAUAAAAAUUGGGACAACUACUGCUCACUCCAUCACCUCGCAGAUUGGAGGUUGCUGAGAGAGAAGUAGCCGGAAUGAGAAUUUACCUUCCCAUCCUUCUCCUCAUCUCUGGUUUUCUGGCGAUAUCUUCAGCAAACCGUAAUCCCACGGCUCUCUUACCUUCUGAACCCCAACUGACCAACUGCCCCGCGCCCGACGGCGAUCUGAAUUACCGGCCGGUCAUCGGGAUUGUCAGCCAUCCCGGGGACGGAGCCAAAAGCCGCUUCAGCAAUGCUUCCGAUGUUUCCUACAUCGCUGCUUCCUACGUCAAAUUCGUCGAGUCUGCUGGUGCUAGGGUCAUUCCUCUCAUUUAUAACGAGCCUCCUGAGAUUCUCAUCCAAAAACUCAAUCUAGUUAACGGUGUGCUGUUCACUGGGGGAUCCUCCAAGAAGGGUCUGUACUUUGAGGUUGUCAAGGGAAUUUUCCAGAAAGUUUUGGAGAAGAAUGAUGCAGGAGAUCAUUUCCCUCUCCUUGCCAUAUGCUUGGGUUUUGAACUUUUAACAAUGAUCAUCACAAAGGACAAUAACAUUCUUGAGGGAUUUAAUGCGGCAAACCAAGCAUCUAAGCUACAAUUUGUGGAGGGUGCUAAUUUUGAAGGAACCCUGUUUCAGAGAUUCCCUUCUGAGUUGCUAAAAAAGAUGAGUAAGGAUUGCCUUGUCAUGCAAAAUCAUCAUUAUGGCAUUUCACCUGAAAAAUUCCGAGCGAAUGCAGACUUGUGUAACUUCUUCAAGAUUUUGACAACAAGUGCUGAUCAAGACAACAAGAUCUAUGUCUCCACAGUUCAAGCAGAGCACUACCCCGUAACUGCUGUACAAUGGCACCCAGAGAAAAAUGCUUUUGAAUGGGGCUUAUCUGAGAUUCCACACACUGAAGAUGCAAUUCUAGUGACUCAAAAUGUUGCCAACUACUUUAUCAGUGAAGCUAGGAAAUCUUUAAACAGGCCAGAUGCUCAAGAAGUGCUUAACAACCUUAUUUACAACUAUAGUCCCUCUUAUAGUGGGAAGUCUGGGAGCGGUUUUGAUGAGGUUUACAUCUUCACUCAGAAUUCUGGUCUGAGUUCUCUGUAGAUACAGGUCUAGUGUAUAAUGUAUAUGAACAUGACUAUAUGAUUGUGAGAAUUCUCUGUAAUUAUGUGUAUAAUAUCAUAUCUGUGUUAUUGCUAGCUAUGUGAGAACCUUUGACAUUUUCAUUGGUGAAAGAUUGUUUAAUUUCUCUGAAUUUGAUGAAA